ACUGUUUCCUCUGCAGGGACACGUGACGUGCGCACAUGCAAUAUUCACUUGUUUUGGCUUGUGUAGUGUUUGUUUGAAUUGCGUUGAUUCGCUCUAGUUCUCGGAUACGUUGUUUCAUUGCUUUGUAGGACCUUGAAGUGCUCUGAACUUGUGUUGGGAAGUACAAACGUCUUUACGCUUUGCAGACGGGGGCGUUUAUAUAUCAGUGACAUGGGAACACGGGUAGCAGCGGCACACUUCCCGGACAAGAACUUGGCUGGGGUACCGCAGCUCCUGGAGGAACUGCAUCGCCUGAGCUAACCUGUUCGCCGUAUGCUCUGUUACAGUGACAUGGGAACACGGGUAGCAGCGGCACACUUCCCGGACAAGAACUUGGCUGGGGUACCGCAGCUCCUGGAGGAACUGCAUCGCCUGAGCUAACCUGUUCGCCGUAUGCUCUGUUACAGUGACAUGGGAACACGGGUAGCAGCGGCACACUUCCCGGACAAGAACUUGGCUGGGGUACCGCAGCUCCUGGAGGAACUGCAUCGCCUGAGCUAACCUGUUCGCCGUAUGCUCUGUUACAGUGACAUGGGAACACGGGUAGCAGCGGCACACUUCCCGGACAAGAACUUGGCUGGGGUACCGCAGCUCCUGGAGGAACUGCAUCGCCUGAGCUAACCUGUUCGCCGUAUGCUCUGUUACAGUGACAUGGGAACACGGGUAGCAGCGGCACACUUCCCGGACAAGAACUUGGCUGGGGUACCGCAGCUCCUGGAGGAACUGCAUCGCCUGAGCUAACCUGUUCGCCGUAUGCUCUGUUACAGUGACAUGGGAACACGGGUAGCAGCGGCACACUUCCCAGACAAGAAUUUGGCUGGGGUUCCUCAGCUCCUGGAGGAUUUGCAGCGCCUUGCCGAGGACCAUGACUCCGCCGACAUCGUGUUCCUGGUAGGGCGGGAGGAGGUGCCCGUCUAUGCCCACAGGAUCAUUCUCAUGGCUCGGUGCAAGAGUUUCGGUACAGCGAAGCGAGGGGAGGUUUGUCGAAUUCCGGGAAGCUCUGUGUCACCUGCAGCCCCAGGGACUCCAACCCCUAUUCGGCUCCCGCAGUUUCAGGGGGAUACUUUCAGACAGUUCGUCAACUAUGUGUACACCGGAAAGAUCAUGCUGCAGGACAGUGGCGUGUUCGAGAUGCUGAAUCUGGCUCAAGAACUCGGCGUGGAGGAACUGAGAGCGGCGUGUGAAGAUCACGUGACCUCGACGCUGUCUGCCCUCAACGCCUGCACCUUCCUGGCAGCCGCCAUGGAUAUUCAAGACCGGGCAGUCGGUGGAAAAGGAGCCAAGUCAUUUGUGGAUCGCUGUAUUUCUUAUGUUGGUGAAAAUGCUAUUGAGUGUGUCAAGACAAAUUCAUUCCUGAAUCUUCCUAAAGAUGCACUUGUGAAGCUGAUCUCUUCAGACUGUUUGGCUUUAGAAGAGGAAGACGUGUGGCGGGCUGUCCUCAACUGGGCUAAGUACCAGGCUGGCGUCACUCAGCCCACAGCUCACUGGGCAGAGGAAGAGCGUGUGCGGGUGUGUCAGCAUCUCACUGGAGUUAUCAACCAUGUUCGUCUGUUGCUCAUAGACAGUCAGGUCUUUGCUGAAGAAGUUGAACCCACAGGAGCAGUGCCUAUGGAGCUAUCCCUGGAACGUUAUCGAUACGCAGCUUUGCCCAACAAAUUUCGUGAGAAUUCAGAGGACAAACGAUUACAGCCCCGUGUCUCCCUCAAACUGUUUCCUGGAUCUCAACUUAUUACGCAGGAGAAGACUUGUUACCAGCGUGUUCUGAAUAGUUGGUAUGGGUCUUCCAAACAAGUUUGGCGGUUGGUGUACCGAGCAUCGAGUCAUGGUUAUUCUGCUGAAUCAUUUCAUAUACACUGCGAUGGAGUGGCUCCUACAUAUGUAAUAGCAAUGGGAGCCCGAGGUGAAAUCUGUGGGGGAUUCAGUGAUGUUCCUUGGGGGAAGACAAACACCAAGGGCCACUACAUCCCAUCAGAGAAGGCUUUUCUGUUCACUCUAAGUAAUAAUCACGACAUGCCUCCCACAAAAUACGACAUUGUAAAGAAAAUGUUUGCCAUAUGCUAUCAUCCUGACUGUGGACCAAUAUUUGGAGCAGGAGCUGAUUUUCUGAUAGCAAGUAACUGCAACACCAAUAUGGACAGCUACUCCAAUCUUCCACACUCGUACGAUGGAGACAAUGCCUCGUGUAGCAUCCUCAUGGGAGAUUAUAAUUUCACUGUUAUUGACUAUGAAGUGUUCACGCCUGUGGGAGGUAAAUAGCUGAUAAAGCUAUGGUGAGAUAUUAAGGCUGUCAUGGUGAUUUGCUGAAACUUGGGUUUUCAUUUGUGGGAGAGGAUGUGAUGUGUUGAGCUGGUUUACUUGUAUUUCAGAGAUAUUAACUACUUGUGUUUGUGAUGAAAUGACUGACAAAACCUUCUUGUAGAAUCAUUCCAAUAAAUUUUUUAUUUA